AUGGCCCAAUAUGGGGGUGGGGAUGGCCUACCACCAUGGGGAUACCCCUCCAACUACGGAAACGAUCAUACACCUCAUGGACUGAACCAUAAAAUCUCCUCUGUGUCGGCUGUGAGCGCAAUGUCUGACCGGCCGGCUCUCAAUCACAAGUUCUCCUCGAUUUCGGCGAUUAGUACGAUGUCUAGUACUGACACCUUAAGCCGGCAAGCUUCGGUGGUGUCUCUACCAUCGCCGGACUUUGGUCACUCACAUCCGAACAGCGAACAGAGCGAUAUCAGUCAUGUGCAGCUUUCGGAUGUUGAAGGGUCUGGCAUACCAAGACCGUCAAGUACUUCGAGCAUCAGCCGUGGAGUGUCUACCCUGCCGGAUCUUCUUCGCGUGGGCUCACCUGCUUCAUCAUCUCCCAAAGGUUUUCCGACCUUUCGGAGUUCGAACUCUUCGCCUUCCUACUCUCCCGUGGCCUCCGCCGACACCUCGAGGCGGUCAUCUUUGGUGGGCAGAACACCGUCCAAGAAAUAUACGGCCAUUAGGAGGGGCUCUUUACUCUCAGGGAGACAUGGUUCGAUUCCAGAGACUGAAGAAAUUGAUAUGGGGUUGUUGCAAAAUGCGGUGCCAAUGUCUUUUGUUCCUCACAAGACUAGGUAUUCCACGGUGGCCGAAGACGAAACCGAUGAUGUUGGUGGGGUUUCGGUGGAUCUAACCUCUUUAACUGGACCAAUGAACCCUAAGAAUGAGGCUGAAUGGAAGGCAAUCAAUCAGAAAGAGAAAGAUGGGCAACUGACGGGUGGUUUGGGGGCUGGAUGGACACCUGAUGAAACGCUGACAAGCACUGAUCUCCUUGCGAAGGCCCCUCCUACUCCUACCACCCCUUCGCUCGUCCGGAGAUUCACGCUUGGGUCCGCUCGCAUUGGACGAGCUCCUACGCUCCGAAACCUGGCUCAGAUAGAAGCAAACAAAAGUGGAAAGGUCAUUGAGGUGAUCUUGGAAACGGAGCCCAAAGAGGAUGACGAGAAUUAUGUCGGUAUGGAUCUGAGUUCUAUGGAAGGGUCUAGCACUACACGGAGUGCGACGUUCGACACUGUAACAGGAUCGGGAUGGGCCAGGCGAAGGACGACUUUACCCACAAAAACCGAAGUUUAUCAUCCUCAAGCCAAUUGGAAACCUUUCUCUAUGAGAUGGCCGUAUCUUUCGGCCUUGAUAGCCAUUUCAGUCGGGUUAGCUGCUGUCCAGGAAUUCUUAUAUCAACGCUCGGCUACGACGCCACUGUAUACCUUUAAAGAUGCCAAAAGUCUCUCGACGUGGGACUACUUUUGUUUUAAAUACAUGCCAACAAUGAUUGCAGUAACAUUUGGCAUUUUAUGGCAGAUUACUGAUUUUGAGGUUAAACGACUAGAAGCAUUCUACCAACUUUCGAAGGAAGAUGGAGCUCUUGCGGCUGAAUCUUUGAACGUCGACUACAUCACUUUUUUCAACUUCCUCCGCCCUAUUAGAGCGCUAAGGUAUAAGCAUUAUGCAGUGGCCGUGUCGUCUGUUGCGACGUUGAUUGCGGUAUCUGCUAUUCCAACCCUACAGUCUGCAUCUGUCAUCCUGAAGCCUGAUCGCAAAACGAGGAAGGAAAACCCUCAUGGCGACAAGACCAUUCAUAUUGAUGCUGUAUGGUCGCGCUUUCUAAGUGCACUUCUGAUGGUCAUUGCUAUCUUUGGUUCCAUCCUCUUGUGGCAACUAGAGAAGCGGCGGUCGGGACUCGUUGCAGAUGUCAAAGGCAUUGCAGGUAUUGCCGCCAUGGCAAACAAGAGUCAUAUCUUGAACGAUUUUAAGGACAUGGACACUGCCACUCCAGACGCAAUUCACGACAGGCUCAAGAAGCAUCGAUACACGUUACGCAAUUCUUCGCUUGCCCCAGAUUCUGACAAUGUCUUGACCCGAGAAGAAGCAGACAAAUAUGACCAGAAGAAAAAGACAGACUCAAACCCGCAUCCGUUUAUGCUUCGACUUUUUGCAGGCAUACCAUUCAUCAUCGGUAUGAUGCUAUUUAUGGUUGUAAUGCCGAUAUUUUUGUUUCAAAGCGAAGUUAACAAGGUUACCGAGAAGGCGCCUUGGCUUCUGACUGUAAUCGCAGUCGCAAUAAAGUUGGCUUGGGGGACAUUGGAAACAGACGUCAGGAUGAUGGAGCCUUUUUACAUUUUAUCCAAACGGCACGCGUCGCCCAAGGUCUUGACUCUAGAUUACACCGCCAUGGCGUUUGGCUACAUGCCAAUUAGAGCGUUACUCAAUGGGCACUUCCUGGUUUUCCUGGUUGGUCUAGGUUCUGUGCUGGCCGAGAUUCUUACUAUUUGUGCCUCCAGUUUCGGCAAUGUGAGCGGAACUGAUUUCGCUAAGCCCAAGCCCGACAAACGAUCCUUACUUGCUAGCUUACUCUCUCGCGACGGUGAGGAUGAUGACGAUAAUAAGGGCUUGGGUGGUAAUAUCAACGGAGGAGAAGAAACAUUUCUCUCCUUCUGGAUCUCCUUUGGCCUCGCUCUCGCAAUUUUAUCAUUUCUCUGUCUGGUCGCUACAUGUGUCUACAUGCGCCGUCGCCAGCCCUUUCUACCUCGCCAGCCAAAUACCAUUUCCUCAGUCCUAGCAUAUAUUCAUCAAUCAAAAAUGCUUUACGAUUUUGUGGACACAGAGAAGAUGAACAAUGACGAAAUGGUUAAGAGGCUGGGGAAGAUUGGAAAGACGUACGGUCUCGGGUGGUUCGCUGGCAGAGACGGGGACAUGCAUUGUGGUGUUGAUCAGGAGGAGCUAAGUUCUAAUUACAAGCACGGUGAGAAUGUCAAGUUGACUAAUCAGCCUUGGAACUCCCACUGGGAGGACUAUUAG